AUGGCACAGGAGGUGGAACAUCGUACAUUAAGACAGAUCCUAUUCUGGAAAAUCAGUGAAUUGAUGGGCCGACCAGGCAUAACUGAUGUCUGGGAUUUAGAUACUGACCAAAGUACUGAAGCAAGUUCAUUACCAAUAUUUGGUGAUGAGACAAUAGAAAUUUUAAUUAUUCAAAAUGAAAAUACUAAGGAGAUACUUCCUUUCCUACCAGUCGUUGAAUGGAGAGCUAGACAGAGACUGAGGGGUGACAAGGACAAGAUGAAAUAA